GUCACACAGCUCCCGACGCCCGUGAUGCCCUGCGGCGCGUUCCCCGCGGUGCUGCCCGUGAAAAUAGACGUGGCCAAGCGCAGCACCACGCCCGUGGCGGCCGGCCGUGCACGGAUCGUGUCGGCGUUCGACCCGGAGCCGCUCCUGGUGCCCGUGCUGCCGACCACCCAGCCGCCCACGCGACACAUCUCCAACCCGGGUGCGCCCGUGGCCGGCGUGCCGCGGGCAGUGCCGCUGCCGGCCCAAGAGCCCGAGCAGCCGCCGCUCCAGGGCCGUGUAUUGCACGCGCCGGCCUCCGGCCGCACGUACGUGUGCGAGGACGUGGUGGGCACGGGCGCGUUCAGCACGGUGGCGCGUGCCCGCGACGCGGCGGACCCGGCGCUGGAGGUGGCGGUCAAGAUCGUGCUGUUCCCGCGCGACGGGUCCACGUCCGUGUCCAGUUUCCGCGCGUUCAUUGUGCGCGAGCUCGGGCUCUUGGCCCACUUGCACCACCCCUGCAUCGUCACGCUCCUUGACUACAGCGUGACGCCGCUCAUCACGCCGCUGCAGAUCCGCGCGUCCUACGACAACGGCGGCAGCCCGCCCGUCGCAGAAGACCUCUCGCAGACGGCCGACGCGCAGCAGCUCUUCUUCCUCGGCUACUGCCGUGGCGGCAACUUGUUCUCGUGGCUCCUGGCGCACUACCACGGCCUGAGCCGCACGCUCCGCUUCUGGCAGCUCGUGGCCCGCGUGGUGGCGGAGGUCGUGGUGGCCGUGGUGCACAUGCACCGCCAGCGCAUCAUCCACCGCGACAUCAAGCUCGAGAACGUGUUGCUCAACGAGCGCUUCGUGUGCACGGGGCCCGCGCCCGACCCGCGCCGCCUGAGCCGGCCCGUGGCCACCAUCACGGACUUUGGGCUCUCCAAGCGGCUCGCCCUGCACGACCAGCUCCUCUCCACCAAGUGCGGCUCGCAGGACUACGUGAGCCCCGAGCUCCUCAUGGGGCUCCACUACUCCGGAAAGCUCUUGGACGCGUGGGCCCUCGGCGUGCUCGUGUACAGUAUCAUCGAGAACAGGCUCCCGUUCGACAUGCCCUCGCCGGACCUCUUGCAGCAGGCUGGCGUGUCUCCCUCCGCGCCGCGCCGCCGCCGCAGCAGGCACAGCCCGGCCCACCGCAUCGCCAUGAUCGAUUGGGAGUGGUACCGUGCGGUGGCCAUACGCCACGACAAUGACAUGGACCCGGAGGCCCGCAAAAUCGUCGGUGAUCUCCAGGCGCUCGUCGACACGUUCUUGGUGCGCAAGGAGAAGCGCCCGACGGUCGAGGAGGCGCUCGAGACCGAUGCGUUUGCCUGGAUCAAGGAGUGUGUGCCCAGCCACUUC